CAUUGAAAGUCCACGCGCCGUGGCGCGCUGUUCACUGCGGCGGGGUUGGGGAUUUAGCGCUUGUUCACCCGCACGAGGACGGGUGUUCAACCGGCUGACAGCUCGUGCGGUGUCAAGGGUCAUUAAAGACAGUAACCCGCGAGCCUCGCUUUCGUCUCAACACGAGGAUUUGAGCGCGCGGAGUAAAACGCCGGAGACUCCACAUCUGAGGUGAGAAGACAGGAGGACACAAGACUAGGAGAUGCACCCUUACUAUGCCCAUCUGACAAGCCUCUGGCCAGCGAGGCAGGCGGCGUCUGACAAUGAAGAAACUCCUGCGCGAGAAGUGACCUGUGUGGGAAUGAUGGAACUCCCCAAUGGCCAGGCGAACAUCUGCACCUUUGCCGCCACCGCUUCCGAGAAGAGCAGCAGUUCUGAAUCUAUUAGUGACAAGGGUUCCUCUGAGAAGAAGAAGAGCUUUGACGCCGUCGUGUUUGACGUCCUGAAGGUCACACCUGAAGAAUAUGCAGGCCAGAUUACACUCAUGGAUGCUCCAGUGUUCAAAGCUAUUCAGCCAGAGGAGCUCUCAAGCUGUGGCUGGAACAAGAAGGAGAAGCACAGCUCUGCUCCCAAUGCUGUGGCUUUCACACGUAGGUUCAACCAGGUCAGCUUUUGGGUGGUGCAGGAGAUCCUUCACGCACAGACAUUGAAGAUUAGAGCUGAAGUACUGAGUCUUUACAUUAGAACUGCAAAGAAACUCUGUGACAUGAAUAAUCUCCAUGCAGUAAUGGCUGUGAUUUCUGGUUUGCAAACUGCUCCAAUCUAUAGACUAUCAAAGACCUGGGCUCUCUUAAGCCGGAAAGACAAGGCCACAUUUGAAAGGCUGGAGUACUUGAUGUCAAAAGAGGACAAUUACAAGCGUCUGAGAGACUACAUUAGAAGUCAGAGCAUGACUUCGUGUAUUCCCUACCUGGGGAUGUACUUGUCUGAUUUGACCUACAUUGACUCAGCCUACCCCUCUACCGGCAGCAUCCUUGAGAGUGAGCAGCGCUCCAACCAGAUGAACAAUAUUUUAAGGAUCAUCUCUGACUUGCAACGCUCAUGCGAGUACGACAUACCAGUGUUGCCUCAUGUCCAGAAGUAUCUCAACUCUGUUCGAUACAUUGAAGAGCUGCAGAAGUUUGUAGAGGAUGACAACUACAAGUUGUCUCUGAAGAUUGAGCCAGGUGCCAGUACCCCUCGCUCCACAGCUUUCAGUGAGGACCUUGAAGAUGCAUCUGCCUCCCCCAUGUGUGGCCGCAAAGGUGCUGCUGCUGAAGGUGUUUUGGCCAAAGUACCAACUCCCCCAUCACCUCGCAACUUCAUUCCCUAUGGUCACAGGAAGUGUCACAGCCUAGGGUACAACUUUAUCCACAAAAUGAACACAGCAGAGUUCAAGAGUGCCACUUUCCCCAACACGAGUUCCAGACACUUGCUUGAUGAUAGUGUGAUGGAGAGUCAUGCGUCUACUCAUGGCCAAACAGAGAGCUCCACGUUGUCCAGCGGUAUAUCACUGGGCAGCAGUGAGGGCUCGGAGUUAAGUGAGGAGACGUCUUGGCCAGCCUUUGAAAGGACCCGCUUCUAUCACUCUCUUGGCCCAGUUACCAGGGUGGUCCGCAUUCCUUACCGAGGAGGCAUGAAGCCCAACAGCUCAGCAGAGUCGGAGGAUUUGGCAGUGCAUCUUUACCCUGGAGCAGUCACAGUGCAAGGGAUGCUGCGUCGCAAGACCCUUCUAAAAGAAGGGAAGAAACCCACGGUGGCUUCCUGGACAAAGUACUGGGUGGCACUUUGUGGAACUCAGCUCUUCUACUAUGCUGCCAAGUCCCUGAAGGCCACAGAGAGAAAGCAUUUCAAAUCCAUUUCUAGCAAGAGUACUUCAGUGGCUGGCUGGAUGGCUGUAAUGGCUGACAAUCCAGAGCAUCCUGACAUCUUUCUGUUAACAGACUCUGAACAUGGCAACUCGUACAAAUUUCAAGCAGGGAACCGGACCAACGCUCUGCUGUGGUUCAAGCACCUGAGUGCAGCCUGUCAAAGCAACCGACAGCAGGUUCCAGCAAAUCUGAUGUCUUUUGAGUAAGUGGUUUGAAAACAGCCAUAUAUCCAAGGGAGUAUUUUUGGGGGAUCCACUUCAAUUUGGCCAGUCCCAGUGCAUCUUGAGCUGCCAGCACUGCCUUAAGAAUGGCUCUCUGGGUAUGUGAAGCCGCAUGGAGGACAAGCAGGGCGACUACAAAUACAGCACUAACACGUGGACCUGGUCUACACAGCUUCGCUCCUGCUUCCUUUCAGAUUCUCUCCUGAUGAACAACAAUGCAGAACCCUUCCUGUGUAGGCAGCAAAUUGGGAACUCUCUCUUGUAAUGGGGAAAGUUGGAUGUCACUGCUUGUCUUCUGCUUGAAUGACUGUGCUCACUAGUUGUAAAAACAUACUGCCAUGAAUGCUUCAAAUCAGAGGAACUAACAACUGUGAAUUCUCCAAGGAAUCUGACUGCUAUGUUAAAGCAGUGUAACCCUAGUAUGGCAGGACCAUGUUAAGUGAAUGACAGUCUUGUAGAAACAUUUACAUAAAUCCUGAAAUUAAGCUUGUGUUAACCGUUUAAAACGGAAGGGCUCAGUAGGGCUGGAGUAGCCUCUGAAUGUCUUGCAUCUUAUUUUGAAUUGAAAGACUUAUGCUCUUUGUUGACAUUGAUUGGAUUGACACAGGAAUCUGUUUAGAAGCUUUGUGUGCAAAGCUGUAUGUUAUCUAGGGAACUUAUCCGUUUAAGACAUUGCCCUGUAUAGUUUAUUUACAGUAAACCCCUUUUCUCAGUUUCUCUGACAUUUGUAACACUAUAUAAAAACUUCACAAGUGCCCAAACGUCUUCAGGCAUAGGAUAUUUUUUCCUCACCUGUGUUAAACACUGAUACAUACUUUGUCUUGAUGAGACCAGUGUAGGUUGUUCAAGGUCAAUUGAGUCAUUCUGAACUGUGAACAUUGACCUGGUUUUUCCAUUUAAACCUUUAGUUGUUGACAUGAAUGUCAUUACUUUGGCUUGGUGACUUGUGGCUCACCACACUAUGCACAUUACACUUAUGAAAGCUGUGAAAAGGGUAUGCAAGAGCAGUUUGGUCAGAAAAGCAGUUACUGCUGUUGAAUAUAGGGGACCAGAUGGUGCUCAGAAACCGUAAUGUGGCUCUUCACACCUCUGUAUCAGACAUAAGUGUCAAGCUGUUUUGGAGCCAUUUAUAAUCUUUUAUUUGUGUGUAUUUGCUUUUUUUUUUUUUUUUUUUUCCUUUCUCAAGUGUUCUGCAGGGUGAUAUUGGCAGUAUUAUUGUGUAGUCAAAACUUCCUAAUUAUCUGGGUUAUUCAUUUAGGGUUUGUUACAUGUAUAUUUUUAAUUUUACUUUCUGUUUACACUGCUGUCAUCUUUGUAUGUAAUACUUUUCCAGUGAUUGGGUGUUUUUGUAUGAUUGGACUUCUGUGGGGUGUUGUCUGCAACAUGGCUUUUUUUUUUUUUUUUUUUUUUUAAAUGGAAAGUGUGUAAUACAAGUUUAGCAAGAAUGCUGGCUUUUGACUUUAAGCACAGGUGUCUGUUGGUGUGCAGAGCACAUACUGACCUGAGUUUAUCUCAGGAGGGAAUAUGACAGUUAAGAACAAAUCAAAGCAUCAUUUUAUGGAGGCUGCAUUUUUUGGUAUUUAGAGAAGGUUUUUAAAUGUUAAUAGAUUAACCUGAGGGAUGGAGUCAUUAUCCUGGGUUUAAUCCUGUAAUUAAAAUGCAUAUUAAUGACAAAUUGCAUUACCAGGUUUACUUAAUUUCCUUGCAUAUGUAUUAGAAAUAAUUGAGGUUUAGAGCAGCAUUCCAUUAACUAAAUAUUUCCUUCACCAAUAUGCCACUUUAGGGUACCUCUCUCUGUGUAGCCAGUUUGUAGGAACUUGAACUAGAAUUAAACUUAUGACCUCAGAUUUAUCAAUUAGAGCACGAUAAUCUGAUAGUUUUGUUUGGAAAUGGAAGCUGUACUAUGAUUUGUCUGAAGCCAGAACUGCAAUCCUAAAUGGCAAUAUAAUACCCUUACUCCUCCUCCAUGUGGAUUUCUUCGGUUUAAGAGCUGUCGUGGAACAUUUUAAAAAUGCCUAUCGAUCGGAGGCUUGACAACGGUAUUUCCCAGUAGUAUGAAAUAUGGCACAGUUGCCUUUUUUGGUGCAGUAGACAAAAAUAAUUUUCAUGUUGAAUGCUUGAAAGAAAGUGGGUAAAAAAAAAAAAAAAAAUCAUGGGUCUGACUGUAGGGGAAAAAUGAAUAUUCAUGUAGUGUAUAAUAAAAGAACGAAAAUUAGCAUAAUCAAAACUGUCCUGACUGAGGUUACCAGCCAGCUGAGGUUAACAGUACACUGUCUUCAUAUUUGCUUUUGAUCUGAAAUACAAUCCACUGGAGUUGCAGCAAAUAUUUAAUGUUGAUAAGACUAUCGUCUCAUUUGUUACCAACUACAGGUAUUGUACCAGGUGCUUUAUCCUGCUACAGAUCCUGUAGUGCACUUGCAUUUCUUUACUAUAUUUUGAGCAUCUACAGAAACUAUAACCUGCAAGAGCUCCCUACUGUGUAGUGGAUGUCCCUGUUUAUUGCCUCUUGCUCUGGGCUCAUUCUGGCUGAAGGAGUGUGUCAUGGAUACACAGGGGUUUUAGUCCCAACCCAGGAAAUUUCUUAUGAAAAGGAAACGAGAAGGAAACGCAUCUUGUUCCUAAGUUUUGAAGACUAAUGUACUGCCAAAGGGCAACUUUUAUCACUCUUCAAUAAUACUUGUAACAGCAAGGUGAAGGUCCUUACCAAAAUGCUUAGCAAAACACAUAGCCAUAUGCAAAGAACUCAUCUAUCAACCAAGAAUCAUCUGUGAUCAGCUCAAUCCGUCUUCACUGUAUUCUCAUCCUUACUGUACAAUCGUACAACAUUUGGUAAAUAGUGCAAGGCCCCUUAAACACAGUAUCCCAAAACUAGUUCAGGUCAGCUGCAUCCCUUUUGUGUGCAGCCCUGUCUAAAAAGAUCGAUCUUUUUUUUUUUUCUUAGAUGUGCCUGAUUUACUGAGAGCUGGGACGUCUGGGACAGACCAGUACAUUUAAGCUAAAGUGAAGUCAUGAAAGGCUUUGACACAAGUAGCCAAAAGUAGAGCCAGAAACAAGUUGACACUGUACAGACAGGUUCAUUCAGUUUGUGUGUGUGUGUGUG